CCACCCUCAGAUACUACGAGAGGAGAGAGAGACGGAGCCACGCCGAGCAGCAGCCUCCAGAUAUUGUCAAGCAUGGACAAGUUCAAAAAGCUGUCAGAUGAGCAGCUCAUAAAAGUCCUGCGGGAGUAUGGAAUACCUCAUGGGCCUGUUGUUGGCUCCACUCGCAUAUUGUAUGAAAAGAAACUUGUUGAGUUUGAACGCAAGAAAAAUACAUACCCAAGCUCUGCUGAAUCUUCAUACGAAAGCAGACAACAAUAUAGUACAAGAGAAUAUGAUGACAACCAGGAUGAUUAUGAAACAUAUGAAGAAGAAACUUACACCAAAACCUAUCCCCAGCCACAAGCUCACCAGAGGGUAAGAGAAGAUCUGCGAGCCAAUUCUAGAAGUAAGGAAAACACGUACCAGAACAUCUCCCAAAUGCGUUAUCAGACCUCCUACUCACAGGGAGUGGAACCUCGCAAGCCCAUCCGUCCAAAAGCAAUGGAAGAAGAACCCAAGCAACCACCCAGACGAUUCCUUCCACUAUGGCUGCAGCUUCUUCUACUUCUCCUGUUUACUGGAUUUCUGGUGUACCUUUACUUCCAGGAGACCGAUCAGAACCCUUUCAAAUUAUUGAAAGGAAGCCUGUAUCCAAGUGAGAAUGAUGCUCACAGUGCAGAUUGA